UGGCGGCCCCGGCCCCGCCCGGCCCGGCCUGUCCCGGCGGCCAUGAAGUCCGUGUUCGUCACCGUGGGCACCACCAGCUUCGAGGAGCUGAUCGCCACCGCCCGCUCCCCGCCCGCGCUGCAGUCAUCCCCCUCUUCUCCAUCUCCCCAUCAUCCCGCCUCCCCACCGCCGUUAUCCCCGCGCUCUCCGCUCCGCUCUCCCGCAGGCGCUGCAGAGCCGCGGGUACCAGAAGCUGGUGCUGCAGGUGGGCCGGGGCUCGCUGCCGCAGCCCAGCCGCAGCUCGGCCCUGGCCGUGGAAGCGUUCCGCUUCAAGGACUCGCUGGCUGAGGACCUGCGGAGCGCAGACCUGGUCAUCAGCCACGCAGGUGCUGGUAGCUGCCUGGAGACUCUAGAGAAAGGAAAACCACUAAUAGUAGUAAUAAAUGACAAGCUGAUGGACAACCAUCAGCUUGAGCUGGCCAAACAGCUCCACAGAGAUGGCUGUGUCCUGUACUGUGACUGCAGCACUCUUGUGGAGACGCUGCAGUCAAUGGACUUGUCAGCUUUGAAACCUUUUCCUCCUGGACAGCCAGAAAAGUUUGCUUCAUUCUUGGAUAAAGUUUUGGGGUUACAAUAAACAGAGCGGAGAAAUAAAAAAGUUGGAAUAAAA